AUGUCCGAGUACGCCAAGAACCAGCCCACCGGCUUCAAAAACGCCAUUGAGAGAGUGGCCAUUGUCGGUGCUGGAGGCACUGUUGGAUCCCACCUCGCCGCCGCUCUCCUUAAAACCGGAAAGCACACGGUGACGGCCCUCUCCCGCAAAGAUAGCAACAACAAACUCCCUGAGGGCGUCAUCGUCGCCCCAAUUGACUAUGACGACGAGGCCACUAUUGUCGCUGCCCUCAAGGGCCAACAAUUCUUCAUCAUCACGGUAUCCCCCACUGUGCCCCGGGACACCCACAGCAAGCUCGUCCAGGCGGCCGCCAAGGCUGGUGUUCCCUACAUCAUGCCCAACGGGUACGCUGGCGACAUUGACCAAGUUAAACUCGGAGAGGAGGUAAUGCUGGGACCCGUGGCCAAGGCCAAUAGGGACGAGAUUGAGAGGCUCGGCAUGAAGUGGAUCACCGUGUGCUGUGGGUUCUGGUACGAUUACAGCCUAGCGGGCGGUGAGGCGCGCCUCGGGUUCGACUUUGACAAGCGGUCUCUGACGAUCUACGACGAUGGCAACACCAAGAACUCGUUAUCGACCUUGUCGCAGGUCGGGCGCGCCGUGGCCAAAGUGUUGAGCUUCAAGCUGCUCCCUGACGACGAAAACGACAAGAGUCUUACUGUUUCGAGGUGGCUGAACAAUAGUGUGUAUCUCAAGAGCUUUGUGCUCAGCCAAAACGAGAUCUUUGAGAGCGUCAAGCGCGUCACGGAUACUAGUGACGCUGACUGGACGAUUACUCACGAGGAUACCAAGAAGCGAUACGCAGAUGGCCUGGCGCUAGUGAAGACUGGUAACAGGGCUGGCUUUGCUAAGCUGCUCUACGCAAGAGGUUUCUACCAGGAUGAUGCGAGUGAUUGCUCGGCCAAGGCACAUAAUGAGCUGCUUGGUUUGCCGGAGGAGAACCUGGAUGAGGCUACCAAAGCCGGGGUAGACAUGGUCAAGGAACUGCAGCGUCGUGUUGAGCGUAUGAACUCAUAG